AAGUUCUUUUUUGGUCAACUGACCAAUAACAAGUUGAUUACGAAUUGGGAUGCAUCAAUAAUUACAAUCUCAAAAGCCCUUCUUCUACAUUGGGCUACUAGCAAACUAAGCAACCAAGAAAAAAAUGGCUGCCGCUUUGAUCGGAGAGGCUUUUCUUUCCGCUUCCAUCCAGGUGCUGUGUGACAGAAUUGCUUCAACCGACUUCAGUGACUUGUUCCGGCAGAAGAAGCUGGAUGAACCGCUCCUCAUGAAACUGAAGACGACGCUGCUCACCCUUUAUGCAGUGCUCAACGAUGCGGAAGAGAAGCAAAUUUCAAACCCUGCUGUGAGAGACUGGCUGGACGAGCUCAAGCAUGCUGUCUUCGACGCGGAGGACCUGCUGGAUGAGAUCGACACUGAAGCUUUGCGAUGCAAGGUGGAAGGUGAAGGUCAAACCGAGAAAUUAACCAAAAAGGUGUUGAACUUCUUCUCUCCUUCUCGUAGUAAUUUUUAUCGAAGCAUGAAUGUUGAGAUACAAGGGUUAUUACAAAGGCUGGAGGGCUUUGUGCAACAGAAAGUUGCCCUUGGUCUUACAGAAGUUGUUGGGAGGAAGGUUUCACAAAGAACUCCAACAACUUCCUUGAUUCAUGAACCUUUUGUAUAUGGAAGAGACGAAGAUAAAGAAAAUUUAUCAAAAGUCUUGUUCUCUGACGAUGCGAGCGAGGAUGACGUAUCUAUCAUCACCAUUGUUGGUAUGGGCGGGGUUGGCAAGACGACCCUUGCUCGAGCCCUUUACAAUGAUGAUAAGGUGAAAGAGCACUUUGCCCUUAAAUCUUGGGCAUGUGUUUCAGAAGAUUAUGAUGCUAUUAGGGUGACUAAAACUCUUCUCGAGUCGGUCACUUCAAAACCUUGUAACAUGACGGAUUUGAAUUUGCUUCAAGUUGAACUUAGAGAACAACUGAAGGGAAAGAAAUUCUUAUUUGUGUUGGAUGACCUUUGGAAUGAGAAAUAUUUUGAUUGGAAGUGCCUCCAAACUCCUUUUACUUCCGGGGCAAGGGGAAGUAAAGUCGUCGUGACAACACGAAGUGAAAAUGUCGCAUCUCUCAUGAAAAAUGUCCCCAUUCAACACUUGAAGCCUUUGUCGCAUGAAGAUUGUUGGAUGUUACUUUCAAAACAUGCGUUUGGAAUCGAAAACCACAAUGCACAUCCAACUUUGGAAGAAAUUGGCAAGAAAAUUGCACGCAAGUGCAAUGGUUUGCCUUUAGCAGCAGAAACACUCGGGGGUCUACUACGUUGCCAGAGAGACUUCAAGGAAUGGAAUAAAUUGUUAAAUAGUAGUCUUUGGGAGCUACCUUAUGAUAAAAGUGAUAUCCUUCCAGCCCUACGGUUGAGCUAUCAUUAUCUUCCUGCUCAGUUGAAACGAUGCUUUGUGUAUUGUUCACUGUUUCCAAAAGACUAUUUGUUCAAGAAUGAAGAUGUCGUUCUACUUUGGAUGGCGGAAGGUUUAAUUCCACAAGAUUUUAACGGACAAAGAAUGGAAGAGACGGCUAGAAGUUACUUUGACGAGCUAGUAUCACGAUCACUACUUCAAAAAUCAGGGGAGGAUGGUUUUACAAUGCAUGAUCUUCUUAACGACUUGGGUCGGUUCAUGUCUGGGGGAUUUUUUCUCAGGUUGGAAGAGAGGGAAUCACAAGAAGUUAAAAGACUUCGUCAUUUGUCAUAUGCUAGGGGAGAAAUUGAUGCUGCUAAAAAAUUUGAGCCAUUAAAUGGGGCGAAGUGUCUGCGGACCUUCCUACCUAUCUGCAUAAAUGACUGGUUUGAACGUUUCUACAUAAGUAAAAAGUUUCUACAUGAUUUGUUGCCAUCCCUGAAACGUUUACGGGUCUUAUCGUUGUCCCGUUAUAAAAAUUUUGCUGAAGUACCUGAUUCUGUGGGCAAUCUCAUUCACCUGCGCUACCUGGAUCUCUCCCAGACGGCAAUUGUAAGCUUACCUGGUGCAGUUUGCACUCUCUACAAUUUGCAGACGUUGCUGUUGUCAUAUUGUUAUGCUCUCAUUGAACUGCCAGCAGACAUGAGAAAAUUGAUAAAUUUACGGACGUUAACGUUGGCAGGUUGCAGCUCCCUUACUAAAUUACCUGCAGAUAUGAGGGAAUUGAGUAGUUUGCAUUACCUCGAUGUCAGUGGAACAAAGAUAGAAGGGAUGCCAGUGGAAAUUGGAAGACUAAAGAGUUUGAGAACAUUAACUGCCUUUGUUGUGGGGAAAUAUACCGGAUCUAGCAUUGGAGAAUUAAGGGAGUUGCAGCAUCUUCAAGGAAGACUUCGUAUUUCAAAUCUGCAAAAUGUAGUUGAUGUUGUGGAUGCUUUGGAAGCCAAUUUGAAGAAUAAGAAAGAACUCAAUGACUUAGAGUUGGCAUGGGGUGUGGAGGAUGCUGAUGAUUCCCAAAAGGAGAGAGAUGUGCUUGACAAGCUGCAACCUUCUGCAAAUUUGGAGAAACUGACUAUCAGAUUCUAUGGAGGAACCAGCUUCCCAAAUUGGUUAGGAAGCUCUAAUUCCUUCUCGAACAUACAGUUCAUGCGGAUCAGUGAUUGUAAGUAUUGUUUGUCCUUGCCAAGUUUUGGGCAGCUGCCCACUCUUAAAGAUCUAUGUAUCAGAAGGAUGAAAUUUGUUAGGACGGUUGGUGUUGAAUUCUAUGGUGAUCUUAAUGGAGCUUCUGUAAUUCAGCCCUUUCGGUCUCUGAAGACGCUGGAGUUUGAGGAGAUGCCAGAGUGGGAAGAGUGGGAGAAUUGGCGACCGAGUCCAAGUGGAGCUUCUGUACUUCAGCCCUUUCCUUGUCUCCAGGAGAUGAUAAUAAGGGAUUGUCCGAAGCUGAGAGGAUACUUGCCCAAUCGUCUUCCAUGCUUGAAAACACUUUGGGUGUCUGGGUGUGGAUAUCUACGUCUGCAUGAUGAAUGGGCCAGUAGUAGUAGUAGUGGUCUUAACAUGGACUACUUACAGAAUUCAUUGGUAAUAGGUAUUGGAGGAUGCCCAGGUCUGUUACCAUUAAUAGAGAGAGUAGAGAAGAAGUUCUUGUCCACACUUGGAAUUUCUAAUUUUGAUGCAAUACAGUGCCUGCCCAAAAUGAAAUAUCUUCGAAUGUUGGUAUUCGAGAAUUGCCCAACCGUGUCGUCAUUAGAGUUCUUAUCUCAUGAGAUGAUGGCCGAAUUGACAUCACUUGAGUCUUUGUUUGUGCACAACAGUUUUCAUUCAGUGAGGUCCUUCCCGUUGGGCGUUUUCCCCAAACUUUCAUCUCUUGAAAUCCGUGGCUGUGAGAAUCUGGAAUCCUUUUCUAUUGAAGGAGUUGAUCAGAACCUAAGCCAUCUCAUUCAGCUAGAAAUCAACGACUGUCCAAAUCUGGCGUCUUUCCCGGACGGAGGAUUGCCCACUCCCAACUUGAGACACUUGUCAGUCCGGGAAUGCAAGAAUUUGAAGUCGUUCCCCGAACGAAUUCGCACCCUCACCGCCCUUGAAGGAUUGGUAUUAUACGAUCUUCCAAAUCUGGUAUCAUUUGCCCAAGGGGGUUUGCCUCCCAACCUGCAAUAUUUUAAUGUUACACGUUGCGACAAAGUGAAGCCUUCAGUGGAGUGGGGAUUACAAGGACUUGUCUCCCUUAAACAAUUUCAAAUUACUGGCGAGAUCUGGGCACCGUUGCUCAAGGAACAGCUCCUGCUCCCUACUACUCUUAACGAUCUCCGCAUCGUUGGACUAUCAAAUCUGAAAUCGGUGGUGGACGUAAAAGCACUUCGACACCUCGCUUCUCUUCACCGGCUAACCAUUGGUGAUUGCCCAAGUCUGGAAUUCCUGCCACGAGAGGGACUUCAACACCUCACUUCUCUUCAAUAUCUAACUAUUGAUCGUUGCCCAAGUCUGGAAUUCCUUCUAGCAGAGGGACUUCUACACCUCACGUCUCUUCAAAAGCUACGAAUUUCUGGGUGUCCAAAACUCCAAUUCCUGCCAGAAAACGGUUUGCCGCGCUCUCUUUCUUGCCUGGAGAUCUACAAUUGUUCCACCCUGGAGAAAAGGUAUGAGAAUAAGACGGGAGAAGAGUGGGCCAAGAUAUCUCACAUUCCUUGCAUAUGGAUAAACGACGAAGUCAUCAUAUGAGCUCUGUCUCUCUCAUACAAAGUUGUGGCAUUUCAGUCACAGGAAGGAAGACACAUUAUCGCUACAUCUUUAACAUUUUCGGAAGGUAUGAAGAGGAUCAAUCCAGCAUAGUAAGCAUCAAAAGUGCAACAUGUAUAGAAGCCUACACAAACUUACAUCCACACUUUCCUCCUCCUCCAUUGGCAGGCUGUCUCGUUUUCUUUAUUCAGCUGCCAGAUUGAUGCUUGCGUAUAUACUUUAUGCUCUUGUGGUUCCGAUCAUAUAAUCGUAGUUGACAAAUGGAAAGAUGUGUGCAGAUAAAUCUUUCGAGGACAGACUCAUUUAUGGCCUUUGUGGAUGCGGCAGUGAGCUAACUGUGGUGUGGAACUGUAAAGUAGAAUUACCCAAGGGAACAGAUGCUAGCUUGCAUCAAUUACUGGGCCUGUCUGGCAUGAGUAAACAGCCGUGGCAUGCUUUAAUAGUUUUCUUCCGAUGUCCUAGUGAUCUUCACGCUGGUGCAAGAGAUAUAUCAUAGUCCUUAUUGUGGAACUUAAGAGGCGAUUGUCUGAGGCAACGGAUGUUAGCUCACAUCAAUUUCCUAAGCAUUUUUGGCUUGAAGAUGAUGCACCUCUAAAGGAAGAUGAUGGAACCCCGGGAUGAUAUAUUUCUUUGUCAUAUGGGCAUGGUUUGAAUACGGUGGCCUGCUAUCUCAUCUUCGUUCAAUGCCAUUAUCAUCUUCAAGUUGGUGUAUCUAUGCUUUUCUUUACGAAUGUGAACUGGUAAUAGAUCUUUAGUUGAAUACUGCAGAUGAGCUUUAAUUUACAUUCUCUCUUACCAUGGACCAUCUUAUGCAGAUGAUAUGAUGCUUCGUUUUAACAAAGGGUAGCUGAAUAUAUGUUUCAGUUUUGUUCCUUCACAGUAUCCCUGUUUUAUGUAGUUUGCAUACCAUUUAAAAAAAUAAAAAAAAAAAUCUCAUGUUAAUAUAAUUUACAAAUCAUAUACUUCUUAGAGAGAAUUAAUUUAUGAAGCAACAAUAAUCGGAUCUAUUUAAAACCGUAAUAGUUAGUUUUGUUCAUUCUUUAUCAUCAAUGUGCCCAUUGAAUUUUACUUUCAUCUCUGUAUUUAGGAGUUUGUUGAGCUGAUAUGUAAGGCAAAAGCAUCCGAGAUGACAUCCAUGUUGAAUAGCUAUCACAAGAAGCAGGCAUUUCAAAAUUUCAUAUGUAGUAGGAGUGUUAGAAAACAGAUGGAGAAGCCUAAUAUAGGUGGCACAAACUGGCAGGUUGUCUCAUUUUCUUUAUCCAGGGACCAUCAAGCUUGCGGAGAUACGUUAUGCUCUUGUAAACCUGGCCAUAAAUUCGCAGCAAAAAUGGAAAGCCGCACGUAGUUAGAUCUUUAGACAGAAGAUGUGGAGGGUACAAAGGCUUGCCUAAAGGUGACAAGAAGUAGCACAGCCGCACAGACCCAACAUCUUUACGAUGCAGUGCUGCUUCCAUGUACUUCACUGUUCGAAUUCCAACAACACAAGUCAGUCAUAAAAUGGAGCACCGGUUUUGCAGGCGAGGACGUUAGAAUAGCCAUGAAACAAUUUAAGCACUUGUGAUCUGUCCAAACUACUUGGAAGCAAUGGACAGAAAAGGACUUCGACACCUCACUUCUCUUCAAGAGCCAUGAGCUGAAAGCUGCCCAGGUCUGGAGUAUUUGCCAGGAGAGGGACUACUUCAAAACCUCACUUCUCGUCAAAAGCUAUAUAUUUGGGGGUGUGACAGUUCCCAAUGCCUUCCAGAAGAGGGUUUGCCGCCAUCUGUUUCUUUGCUGGAAAUCCACCAAUGUUCGCCCUGGAGAAAAGGUACAACAAGACGUACGGCAGAAGAUUGGGCCAAGAUAUCUCAGAUUUCUUGCAUAUGGAUAGGCAGAGACCUGAUCAUAAGAGAGCUCUUUUCUUCGGAAAUACUUUGUUUUCUGACAUUUCCCUCUCAACUCUCAAAUCGAAGUCAGGACACAAUGGCUUCUCUUGGAGAGCUUUUCGUACGCAAGCUUCCCAAGUUUGCCAAUCAUUGCCAGGGGAGAGGAGGGUUAAAUGACCACUGUAUAUAACAUUUCGUUUUUCUACAAGAACAAUCGUCGCAUGGAGGAGAAAGGGAAAGGUUCAAAAAUUACAAGCUUUGCUAAGUUAACUAAGCUUUGUUUACUUCCGUUUACUUUCAAAAGUCUUGCUUGUUCUGAAUAUUUUGUAUUUCAUUUUUGUAAUAUGUUACGGUGGUUAAAGUCGAUUUUCCCAUUGUAGUCUUUGUAAUGUGAUUCAAAACAUCAAAUUUUGAAAUAUUUCGUGUAUGCAUUUCAAAAAUCAAUUGACAAUAUAGUUUCAUA